AAAGGGUACUAGCUGUUUUGGUUGGGGGGGAUAAGUAAGAGGGAAGUAUCUGCUUUGGGAAAGUAAUGGGAUCUGCAGAGAACAGCACAUUAACCCUUUAGUGGCUGAGAUGCCUCCUACUUUAGAUUUGUAUCUCUAGACCCUCCCAGAAGGUUAAGCGCACUGCCCAUACCAUGCUCCCAGUGCCAUGACAGUAGGCAUUUGGGGGCCAAUGUUAUUUAAGGAAUGCCCCACUGUUCACAAUGCUGACCACCAGCAGAUACAGGGUUAAGUCUUAAGAUGGGCUGCAAGGGAGGGUCAAAGUAUUUGUGUCACCCGCCUCGUGAUUGGUCGGAGGUUGUUUGCAUGCCCUUACUGAGCCAGGCAGCUUUUACCCCUGGGCACCCCCCCAGCACAUUAAUACCCCCCUCACAACACAGCGCUGCCAGUCCCACCCCUGCUUCAUAGAGAGGGCUCAGUCUACGAGGGUCAGGUAUCACAGAAACCGCCAAGAUGGGUGAAGAAAGAAAUCCAAGAUCUCCAAUACUCGCAAAACCCACCUGAAGAGCUUGAUGCUCCAGGUGGCCAAAACUGCUCUUGAGAAAGAAGAAGCUGAAAUUGCGGCAGAGAAGGAAGCCUACCUACAAGAGCACUGCCCACCUCUAAGCCUUCCCAGCAACUUAUCAGAACUCCAGGAUUUCUGCAAGAAGAUGCACGCCAAAAUCGAUGUGGUUGAUGAGGAGAGGUAUGACAUGGAAGUCAAAGUUGGAAAGAGCACCAAGGAGCUGGAAGACUUAAACCAGAAGAUCUUUGAUCUGCGUGGCAAGUUCAAGAGGCCUGCCCUUAAACGUGUCCGUAUGUCAGCUGAUGCUAUGCUGCGUGCUCUGCUUGGCUCCAAGCACAAGGUCAACAUGGAACUCCGUGCCAAUCUCAAACAAGUCAAGAAGGAAGACACUGACAAGGAGAAGGAUCUCCGUGAUGUUGGUGACUGGCGUAAGAACAUUGAGGAGAAAUCCGGCAUGGAAGGCAGGAAGAAGAUGUUUGAAUCUGAGGCUUAAGCCCUUAACCAAGACCACUGCCAUCUUAAACCCCUUAGCUUCCAGAGACAACCACCAUACCCUAACUUCUCUGUUAACUAGAGGGUUAUUUCCUCUGCUGCUCACUCUCCAGCAGCAAAGGGGAUACUGAAGUCUUACCUCCUCCCCACUCCUGGAUAUUUCACCACUCCACUUUAUACCCUUGUAGAAGGUCUUAAAGAAUGUUAUGGACUCAAGGAGGGGCUCAAAUUUCUGGGUCCCCUCUGUAUUGGCUUUGCAGCAGUUGUGUUAUGCGGACGUGAAAACAUAAACUUGUAAAUAAAGCUUGUGACGUCCCUUAAAGUUGGUGAUACCUGAUCUGGAGGUGACGUCACGGUCCUUUCUUCUCUA